AAGCACUAAGCCACCACGGUUCCGUAUUCCGUCUCCACCCACCCACCAGCCGCUCCCUCCCCCACAGUAUGGCGGUGGAGCCGAACGCCCAAACAACCCCGGCACCGUAGAAACCCGCGGAUUUUCCUCCAAAACCGGCCCGAAUCGCAUGAAAAUCUCGCGAUUUUGAACCGAUCGGCGAUCGCCCAGGGGAACGAAAACAAACUAAACCCACUCCCGCACGCCUCCCGUAUAUAUCCGCUCGGGCCCCCAAUUCGCCCCCCGAUCGAUCGAUCGUGCGUCGUGCCAAAAGCGGCCAGGGGAGGUGUGUGCGCGCUGGCUUCGGUCCUCGGCGAGGGCUCUGGGACUGGGUGGGAUGGAGAGCGGGAGCGCGCCGAUGGAUCGCUGCCGAAAGCGGCCGGACUCCGACCCCGAGGGCUCCGGCGAGCCCGAGCCCCCCGCCGAUAAGCGCCCGUGCACGGCGGAACCGUCGAUCUCCGCCUCUGCGGCCGUCGCUCCUCCCCCGCCGAGCGCGCUUGCUGCGGAGCACGGCGGCUCGGAUAUGGACACCUCGUCGUCCGGACACGCCGGCGACGCUGAUGGGGACGCGGAUGACGGGGAUGGCGAUGGCGAUGGGGAUGGGGGGUCGUCGUGCGAGUCGGAUGGGGGCGGGAGCCCGAGGCCGUGCGGCCGCGGGGACGGGAGGUUCCAUCGGAUGGUGGAGGCGGUGGCCGCGGAGGGCGCGGGGGAGGGCGCGCUGGUGGCGGCGCUGACGGAGCUCUGCGAGGCGCUUUCGUUCUGCGCGGAGGACGCCGGGGGGUACUUCCCCACGGAGGCGGCCGCGCGGGCGCUGGUGCGGCUGGCCGGCGGCGGUGGCGAUGGGGCGGGGGCUAGCCUCGACGUGAUGCUGCUCUCCGUGCGCGCCAUCACGUACCUCUGCGACGCCAUGCCUCGCGCCUCCGACGCCGUCGUCCGCCACGGCCUUCUCCCCGUGCUCUGCUCCCGCCUCCUCGCCAUCGAGUACCUCGAUGUUGCUGAGCAGUGUUUGCAAGCGUUUGAGAAGAUAUCACGGAGGCAGCCUACACAGUGCUUGCAAGCAGGCAUGAUCACUGCUGUGCUGACAUACGUUGACUUCUUCUCUUCAAGUAUUCAGAGGGUUGUGGUGUCAGCUGUCGCAAAUGUCUGCAAGAAGGUCCCCGCAGAUUGCUCCCAGUUUGUGAUUGAUUCAGUCCCAAUGUUGUGUAACCUACUGCAGUCUGAGGACCAGAUGGUAGUGGAGAAGGUUGCAGCUUGCUUGAUAAGCAUCGUGGACUCUUUUGGCAGUUCAGUUGAUCGUCUCGACCAGCUCUGUCACCAGGGCGUCGUAGAGAAGGUCCUUCCUUUGAUCAACACUGGUGGACUCAUGACCCUUAGCCCAUCGACUUGCAGUAACCUGAUUGGGCUUCUCGCUAAGCUAGCCUGUACUUCACUUGUGGCAGUGAAGUCUCUCUUUGAGCUGAAUGUUGGUAGCACGAUAAAGGGGAUUUUGGUCACUUCAGACCUCUCCCAUGGCAUUCUAUACUUGCCUUUGGAAAAACAAAACAACCAGGUUGUCAACGAAGCUCUGAAACUAGCAAACCAGUUGAUUCCAUCAGCAGCAAGAGACAUUGAAGACACCCAGAUCAUACUUGCAAAAGAAAAAAUAAUUAUGGAUGAACCAAGGUUCUUGUGUCAGUUCUCUAUGGAUAUUCUUCCUGUCUUGAUCAAGGCGGUCAACUCUGGUGCCAAUUCAUACAUUUGCUACGGCUGUGCUUCAAUUGUAAACAACAUUUGUUACUUCAGUAAACCUGAAAUGCUUCAAGAGUUGCUCAAGGAAACGAACAUAUCAAGCUUCUUGGCUGGUUUAUUGUCUAGGAAGGAUCAUCACGUGCUAACCUCAUCACUAAAGAUAAUCGAGAUUCUCAUGGAAAAGCUUCCUGAUGCUUACCUUGGAUCCUUUAUCAAGGAAGGUGUAGUCUAUGCAGUUGAGGCUCUUCUUACGCAAGAGGACUGCUCAAAAUCCACUCAUCUGUCUGAUGGCUCGCAACAAACAGAGACUCAACCUGUCAGAAGAAAUAAAUCUACAUGUUUCUGCUAUGCAUUUGAUUCCCGCAGAUCUGAAGCUGCCGAAACAAGGACUUGUAGGAUUGGGAAGGACACUCUUCUUACUUUCGCAAGGCAUGUGAAGACAACCUACUUUACUAAGGAAGUAGUGAGUUCUGAGAUGGGGUUAACAGAGAUUUUGCAGAAACUCAAAACUUGCUGCGCAGUUUUGAAUGAGACCGCAGACAAGUCAUCAGAUCAAGACAAUCUCCAAAAUGAAGAACACUUGUCUACCAUUUUAAGUGAGGUGAUGAUGGAGCUACAUGGGGGAGAAACAAUGACAACCUUUGAAUUCCUUGAGAGUGGAUUGGUCAAAUCUUUAUCAAAUUACCUCUCAAACGGCAAGUACCUCCAGGUGGAGGAAAAUAUGAAAUGCAGUGCUGACCAUUUUUUGGCUGUGGUGAAAAGGUUUCAGUCAUUUGCUCUGAUGUCUUUCUCAAGAAUGGAUCAACACGGGGGUGAUAUGCUCUUGACACUGUUAGUAAGGAAGCUGCAGAAUGCUCUUACUUCUCUUGACAACUUUCCAGUGAUAAUGAGCCACAACUUCAAGCCAAGGAGCAGUAUUUCUGAUAUCCCUACAAGGCACUCAACAAUUAUUCCAUGUAUCCGAGUACAAUUCAAGAAGGAUGAAGAUGAAGCGAACUUGUCAAGCUAUGAUAGUGCUGUGAAUGUGGAAAUAUCAUCCUCCUUGCGUACUAUUGAAGAAUUUUUAUGGCCCAAAGUUAGUACAGAUACAAACAGUCAGAAGGCUGCUAAAGAUGAGCCUCAGGAGCGAGAUUGCACACCGCAAUCAUCUCCUCCAUCAGAGGGCCUGAUUUGUGAAAAUCAAAAUUCAUCUGUAGAACCAUGCUCAGAGCAAGGAACUUCAUCUUCUGGUCAAGCAGAAAGAAACACUGCGACAUUGAGUGAUCACACCUUACAACCAAAACUGAUAUUUAGUUUAAAAGGAAAAGAGCUUGAUCGAUCUGUUACUCUGUAUCAAUCAAUCCUGCAGGAUCAGAUCAAUGCAGGUUGUGACAUAAUUCUGGACACACAAUUUUGGCGCAGUGUGCAUGACAUAACUUUUAGAACAGCUGUUAACCCUGAAGCAAAUGAUUCUCCUAAACAUUUCUCUACUGCAAUAACAUCAAUAGAUGACAGUGCAACUGGCUUUACAUGGCAGAUGCUCCCAUUCUUUUCUAGUCUGUUGCUUGGCAAACUUCCUUGCAAACUUGACAGAUCAAGUCCAUCAUAUGACAUAUUAUUUAUGUUAAACAUUUUAGAGGGAUUAAAUCGGUAUUCCUUUCAACUCAUCUCUGAUGAGAGAAACCAUUCUUUUGCCCAUGGAAGGAUAACUAACCUCAAUGAUCUGAAGGCUGUAGCUUCCUCGAUUCCACAGCAGGAGUUUGUCAGUGCCAAAUUGACGGAUAAACUGGAGCAACAAAUGCAUGAUCCAUUGGUUUUAAGGUCUUCCUGCCUGCCUUUAUGGUGCACUGAACUGAUGGCUGCAUGCCCUUUCUUGUUUUCUUUUGAGGCAAGAUGGAAGUAUUUCCAACUGACAGCAUUUGGUUCUUUGACAAUUCAUCAUGGACAUAUGAUAGAUCCAAGUGUUAACAAUAUAACAGAAAGGGGGUCUCCCCACUCGCGGAAGAAGUUCAAAGUUGAUCGUGAUGAUAUACUGGUUUCAGCUGCUAAAAUGAUGAAGUCGCAUGCUAGGAGCAAUUCUCUACUCGAAGUAGAGUAUAAAGAGGAAGUGGGCACUGGUUUAGGUCCUACGAUGGAAUUCUAUACAUUGAUAAGUCAUGAAUUUCAAAAGUCCGGUCUAGGCAUGUGGAGAGGGGAGCUUCUUUGCGAAGCUGGUACUGAUGAUGCUCAUGUUUCUAGAUUCGUUCUCGCCCCUAAUGGACUGUUUCCAAGACCAUGGUCUGCUUCUGCAGACUGUGCUUCCUUCCAAGAAUUGAACAGAAGAUUCCACCUACUUGGUCAGGUUGUCGCAAAAGCAAUUAAAGACAGCAGAAUUCUUGACAUUCCAUUUUCUAAAGCAUUCUACAAGCUUAUAUUGGGACAGGAGCUUAAUAUUUACGAUAUCCAGUCCUUUGAUCCUGAACUGGCAACGUCCCUUAUGGAGUUUCAAGCGCUUGCUUGUCGAAAAAAAUAUGCAGAAUCAAAUUUGAGAAGGGACUGUCAUAUUAUAUCUGAUUUGUCUUAUCGAGGUUGUAGAAUUGAGGAUCUUGCUAUUGAUUUUGCUCUCCCAGGGUAUCCAGAAUAUGUGCUUUCAUCAGAGUGCUCUGACAUUUUGAGUGUUGAGAAUUUAGAAGAAUAUGUUCACCUUGUUGUCGAGGCAACAGUUAAAAGUGGAAUUGCAAGACAGAUGGAGGCUUUUAAAUCAGGAUUCAAUGAGGUAUUUCCACUGAACAAACUCCAGGUUUUCUCAGAGGAUGAGCUAGAGCGAAUACUCUGUGGUGAACAAGAUACUUGGGAUUUUGCGCAACUUGUGGAUCACAUAAAAUUUGAUCACGGUUACACUUCCAGCAGCCCUCCUGUCAUUAAUUUGUUGGAAAUCAUACAAGAGUUUGGAUCUCAUCAGCGCAGAGCUUUCUUGCAAUUUAUAACGGGCUCACCUCGGCUUCCACCAGGCGGCUUGGCCGCAUUAAAUCCAAAGUUCACUGUUGUCCGAAAGCAUAACAACAACAAGGCUGACCAUGACCUGCCGAGUGUGAUGACUUGUGCCAACUAUCUUAAGUUACCUCCAUACUCAUCGAAGGAAAGGAUGAGGGAGAAACUACUCUACGCAAUUACAGAAGGCCAGGGGUCCUUCCACCUAUCGUAAACUCAUAAGCGAUAACGACAUGCCACACGCUGUAGAAGUUUGUGUUUCCUAAGUAUCUCGUAGGAAAUCGCGGUGUAAAUGUGGGUGGUUCACUGCUUGGCUGACAGCACGAUUCGGUGGAGGAGCUGUUUUUAGGAGAAACCAGAGGGCACCCGCCCGUCCUACCCUCUCUGUACAUAGCAAAUGGUUUUGAUGUGUCCGAGUAGUGUGUGUGUCUCGCACAUGGCGACCAUCAGCUUAGUUUGCUUCCGUUUAUGCAGCCUUCCCUUUCGGUGUACAUAUAAGUGGCUGUUUGAAAGUGUCAGUGCUCUCUACCCAUCAUCUAUAAAGUACCAUCUAUAUCAACUAUGAAUUGGUUGGUGUUCACCUUCA